UAUAGUUAGGGGAUUGUAGCAGCUGGCCGGUUGAGCAAUAAUGAACAUAUUUGAGGAUAAGAAAGUGAGAUCCAUGGCACCUCUAUUUCUGAUUUUGUUAAGCCUCUUAAUUAGUAAUGUCGUUCAUGCCGGUAUCACGAGUAGUUUCGUCCGUUCAGAAUUUCCGGCCGUUGACAUGCCUCUUGAUCAUGAAGUUUUCGCACCUCCUAAGGGUUAUAAUGCACCAGAGCAAGUACACAUAACACAAGGAGAUUAUGAUGGAAAAGCUGUAAUUAUCAUGUGGGUUACACCUGCUGAACCAGGGCCAAACCAAGUAAAAUAUGGAACAUCAAAGAAAAAGUAUGAUUUUAUUGCAAAGGGGUCGCCGGUGAAAAAUUAUACGUUAUACAACUACACAUCUGGAUAUAUGCAUAAGUGCCUUGUCGAAAACCUCGAGUAUGAAACCAAGUACUAUUAUGAGAUUGGAGAAGGCGAUACUGCUCGAUCGUUUUGGUUUCAAACACCUCCAAAGAUCGGUCCAAAUGUUCCGUACAAAUUUGCAAUAAUAGGUGACAUGGGACAAACGUACAAUUCACUAUCCACAUUUGAACAUUACAUUGAGAGCGGAGCACAAACUGUUUUACAUGUCGGAGACUUAUCUUACGCUGAUCAGUAUUUCUAUCACGAUGUGGGUGUGCGUUGGGAUUCAUAUGGUCGUUUCGUUGAAAGAAAUACAGCGUAUCAACCUUGGCUAUGGACAGUUGGAAAUCAUGAAGUAGAGUAUUUUCCUUAUAUGAAUGAAGUUGAUCCUUUCAAGCAGUAUCUUUAUAGAUACGCGACUCCUUAUAAAGCCAGCGGAAGCAGUAGUCCUCUUUGGUAUGCUGUGAGACGUGCAUCGGCUCAUAUAAUUUUUCUAUCAAGUUAUUCGCCAUAUGUGAAAUAUACACCUCAAUAUGAGUGGCUUGAAGCGGAACUAAAAAAAGUGGACAGGAAAAAAACACCUUGGCUUAUUGUUAUUAUGCACUCCCCUAUGUACAAUAGUAACAGUGCUCACUAUAUGGAGGGUGAAAGUAUGCGAGUUGUAUUCGAGAAAUGGUUUGUUGAGAACAAAGUUGACUUGGUCUUUGCCGGACAUGUUCAUGCUUAUGAAAGAUCGCACCGGAUUUCCAACAUACAUUACAACAUAACCGGCGGUGUGAGUUAUCCAGUGCCAGACAAAUCAGCUCCUAUUUAUAUAACCGUUGGAGAUGGAGGAAACCUAGAAGGUCUUGCAUCAAGGUAUAAUGAUCCUCAACCUGACUAUUCUGCAUUCCGUGAGGCGAGCUAUGGACAUUCUACGCUAGAGAUAAUGAACAAAACGCACGCAAUCUACCAUUGGAAUCGUAAUGAAGAUGGGAAGAGUGUUCAAGCCGACUCCUUUGUGUUGAAAAACCAGUACUGGGCGUUGAUGGAUAUGGAGUCGAAAGUUUGAGCAAGAUCGAUAUUCGGAUUAAUUCGAGACAUACAAAAAUAAAAUAAACCCUAUAAGAAUAAAAAUGGAACGUAUCCGAAUUGAAAGUUCGUGUGUGACUCAUUUCGCAACACAUAUUGUACCCAUUUGUUAAUUUCUUGAUGUUUUUCAUUUCA